AUGAUUGGCGUGAGACCCAUGAUCUUGUCUAUGACGACAAUUUACCACGCGGAGACACGCGAUUGGACGGGCACGAUCGUGGUCAAUGCUCAUUUCCUUGGCCAGACGAAGUUGCAAGUGCGACUGUAUGACAACCGGGGCAACACCAGUGAACUGCCCACCAAUUGGAGCAACGACAGCACGCUGGAUGUGAAGAUUCUGCGUCCAAGACGUGUAGUGGAUCUCGUCUUCGUGCACACCGUCAUUGUGCUGAUGACGCUGCUGUACAUCAACUUCGGAGCCGCCCUGGAUCUGGAGGUGCUGAGGGGUCUGAUCACCCGGCCGCUCGGUCCGUGCAUCGGAUUCGUGAUGCAGGUGGUGGGCAUGCCGCUGCUGAGCUACGCACUGGGCAUCUUUAUCUUCCCCAAUGCACCGGCCAUGCAGCUGGGGCUCUUCUUCACCGGAAUCUCGCCCAGCGGCGGUGUCGGAAAUAUGCACCUGUCGGUGCUAAUGACCACCAUCAGCAAUGUAGCCGCCUUUGCCACCAUGCCAAUGUGGCUUUUCACACUCGGCCAGCUGGUCUUUGAGCGGGUGGGCACGGAGGUGCCCUACCAAAAGAUCGCCACCUACUGCGGCGGCCUGAUCUUUCCACUGCUGGUCGGGCUGCUCGUCCAGAGGCGACUGCCCCGGAUCGCCAGGGUGCUGGUCCGCCUGCUCAAGCCCAUAUCCACCUGCCUCAUCCUGUUCAUCGUCGUCUUCGCCAUCAUCACCAACUAUUACCUGUUCUAUUUGUUUUCCUGGCAGAUUGUCGUAGCUGGGUUGGCUCUGCCUGGGCUGGGCUACAUCUUCGCCUGGCUGGCGGCCAAGUUGCUCCAUCAGAAUGCUGCCGACGCCUUCACCAUAGCCAUUGAGACCGGCAUCUAGAACACGGGUAUCGCCAUCUUCCUUCUCACAACCACGCUGGAAUCUCCGGAGUCGGAUCUCACCACGGUCGUGCCGGUUGCGGUGGCCGUGAUGACGCCCUUCCCGCUGCUCGGGAUCUAUCUCUACAAACGAAUCUGUGCGCCCAAAAUGAACGAAGCCUCCGCUUCCGAAUCGGAGCGAAUUGUUUAAGCUUUGAGAUGCUAAACCUUACAUAUAGUAUCUUGAAGGCUAUUGCAUUACUUUCAAUGUUAUAGUAUUUUUGUACAUAUUGGUUGUUUGAUAACUUAUACAUCACUUAGU